AUGACAACUGCACUUGACUCGAGCGCUAUCUUCCGGGUUGACGGCAUUGUAGCCGUCAUUACCGGAGGAGGCAGUGGUAUUGGACUUACGAUGUCACGGGCUCUUGCAGCCAACGGCGCGCGAAAGAUCUAUAUUCUGGGACGUCGACUGGAAGUGCUGGAGAAUGCCGCAAAAGAGUACCCCAGCAUAGUUCCAGUCCAAGCCGAUGUGACGUCCAAGUCUGAUCUCCAAGCCGCCGUGGACCGUAUCAAGAAUGAAGUGGGCUAUGUCAACCUCGUCGUCGCCAAUUCAGGCAGCAUUGGGCCUGCAGUGCGCUUCAGUCCCAGUGCAUCGAUUUCCGAACUACGUGAGACCCUCUUUACCAAAUUUGCCCCAGAGGAAAUGAACGAUGCUCUGGCCCUCAAUAUUACCGCUGCCUUUUUUACCAUGACGGCUUUCCUAGAGCUGCUCGAUGCUGGUACCAAGAACGCCCUGCAGGGUGGCUUUGGCAAACCCGCCAAGGAGGGUUCCGACGUUCCAUCGAUCCAGAGCCAGGUCAUCUUUACAACUAGUGUUUCGGCAUUCAGUCGACACUGGUCGUCAUCACCUCCGUAUCUUACCAGCAAAGUCGCUAUCAUGCAGGUAGCCAAACAUGCCAGUACCCAGUUGGCCAGGUUUGGCAUUCGUGUCAACGCCAUUGCUCCGGGAGUCUACCCGUCCGAACUAGCUUCCGCGUUAAUUGGGAACCGUAAACCGGAAGAAGAGGCAUUCGACGACCAGCGGUUUAUCCCCGCCAGACGGUUUGGUGGGGAUGAGGAGAUGGCCGGUGCCAUUUUGUACCUGACCAGCCGUGCUGGAAGCUAUUCCAAUGGUUCAAUUCUUCUUACUGACGGUGGUAGACUAUCUGUAAUGACAGGCACGUACUAG